AUGAUGAUGCAGGAAAAACCAAAAGAGAAGAAAAAAGCCAAGGAUAGAGACAACAUUCUGUUGAGCUCGGACUCCGACGAUUCAAUUGACACUCGUCGUCAGAUACUUUCAGCUCGUGCCAGAGCAGCCCAAGAGGCAGCUGACACAGAGGCAGCUCUUGCAGAUGCAGCUGUCAGACGGCGUAGAAAGGGCGAACUGUCAUUGGCUCAGACCCUUGAUAGUUCUGAUGAAGCACUCGCAGCGAUAGCUGUCGCACGGCGUAGAAAGGCCAAACUGUCCUUGUCACAGGCUGUUGAGAGUUCCGAAGAGGAUGAGGAGGACAACACGUUGGAAGAAGAUACUCCAUUGCUGGCACAGCUAACGGAAGAAGAAGCAAAAGCAAGGUAUGAAGAAGCUCAGAAACCAAAGCAAAUGUCUCGUCUACAGCAGAAGCACCAGCUCCAGGACAAA